AUUUAAAGGGUUAAACGCGGACGCGUCGCCGAGCGAAACGCGAUAACGGUGACAUCAGGGCUCUUAGUUGUCUCCUACACGCGCAGAGUAAGAUAACUCGGCGCAGACGCGCGUCGACCUUGUAGCCUCCAGACGCGCGGCGCAGGAUUUUGCGCACUGAAGUCGAGCUGAGGGGAGCGCACAGCGGGCGCGCGUGCGGGCGGCUGUCUUGACUGCCUCUGGGAUACGGGCUCACUUGGCUGUACUUCACCGAGCGCCUCCACAUCUUAUUACUGACGUUUCCCCGGAUUAAGUAGGCUAAGCGCGGGCCGCCGUUCAUUUCGCUGUGUCUCGACGCGCAACUUAGAGGAGCGUCGCCGCAACUGAGCCGCGUUUGAAGAGAAAACAAAGAGUCCCAGCUGCUCGGGGAGAAUUCUCACAACAUCCCGACACACGGAGACGUUCUGAGGGGAUUUAAGGACUCUUUGCUAUAAAUGGAUUGAACGAGGAUGAUUCCAGCCGUCGCGCCCGAAUAAGUGAGGUAUAGCCUUUUCUAUUCGGCGAUCACAGCGAUGCUUCAGCGGCACGCGCGUCUGCCCCUCUCCAAAUCUUCCAGAGAGGAUUUAAGCCGCGCUCAUCUUGAAUAAGUCGAGAGAAGUCGUUGACGAUGAGCGCCCUGCGAACCCUGCUGUUUCUGUUCCUCCUGCACCAGGUCGCAUGCAGGAAGGUGCACGGAGGAGCCACGGAGCUCAUCGAGUGGGCGGACGCUAACAAUGAACAGAAGAUUUCUCCCACGGGGGCCAGUCCGCGGAUCCUCAACCCUCUGCGUUUGUUUGCCAAGGGCUCCCCCGGGUUCAAGAGCAGCAUGAGGGAAAUAACGUAUUUACAGGACAUGGAGGACUUCUGGGACUGGUUAUCUAACCAGACAGAUGUUCAAGUUGCCCAGGCCAGAACUAAACGCCGGCCCAUCGUCAAGACUGGCAAGUUCAAAAAGAUGUUCGGGUGGGGGGACUUCCACUCCAACAUCAAGACUGUAAAGCUCAACGUGCUGAUCACGGGGAAGAUCGUGGACCACGGGAACGGCACGUUCAGCGUUUACUUCCGCCACAACUCCACGGGUCUGGGGAACGUGUCGGUGAGCCUGGUGCCCCCCUCCAAGGUGGUGGAGUUCGAGAUCGCCCAGCAGACCACGCUGGAGACCAAAGACACCAAGUCGUUCAACUGUCGCAUAGAGUACGAGAAGACGGACCGCAACAAGAAGACGUCCCUGUGCGGCUACGACCCGUCCAAGAUGUGCUACCAGGAGCAGAUGCAGAGCCACGUGUCCUGGCUGUGCUCGAAACCCUUCAAAGUCAUCUGCAUCUACAUAGGCUUUUACAGUGUAGACUAUAAACUGGUGCAGAAGGUUUGCCCUGACUACAACUACCACAGUGACACACCUUACUCCUCCACAGGAUGACCCAGCUGCCGCCAAUAAAACAAGCAUCCGACCUUUUGUUUUACCUUCGAGUAGAGAUGUCAACUUCUAAGCCCCUUGUCCCGAAACACCUACCGGUUCCCUCUGAGUUGCAGACGAGCGUAGACAUGGAACACCUGGGAUAGUCAUAGGUGUCCAGGGACUCGGUUUUAGGAGUUGACUCGGGAUUCAGAGCUAGCUAUCAACUCGGGGUGACUCCUCCUCAUCACAACAGCACAUGUUCUCUGUAAACAACUGGAAUAAUUAGCCUCUCAUCCAGAUGUUUCCCUCAAGGCCAGGCCACGGGCGUGCAAACCUCCGAGAGAGGGGGGGGGAGUGGGGUUCUGCCAGUGCCGCGUCGACUCCAGCAUUGUCAAACAAUUCCCUCACCUCAUUUACACAGUCACUUAUGAGAUGAAACAAGAAAAGACUUUCAAUCAUGUUAAUAAUUGCACCAUCAGGACAUUUGAAUUGCUAUUCAAUAAGGCAUAAAAUUAAAUAUUCCCCAUUUGAAACAUUACCGCGUUUUGACUGAUUAGUCAAAGCGACCUGUUCAUUGCCUUCGAAGUGGAGCUAACAUCCAUUUAUACCUGUUAACAGAACACAGGCAGGACAGUGUCUGUUGUUUCGGAUUAGUUUGAUUAAUGUUUUUUUUUUUCAGGCAGCUCUGAAUAAUUAAUACAACUCAUCUCUGUUAUCACUCUCAAAUAAAGUGAAGUGAUUCAUUAAACCUAAACUCUAGCGUCGCCGGACAAAAUGAAUUGUCCCAAAAACCCUGAUCCAACAGCAACCUGGGAGCAUGAUCGUAAAUCACCACACGUAUGUACCUACUGUGGCGCCGGCUCGAGAGCAAACCGGCCGCCGGCUUGUUUGCUCCUUAAAACGCGUCGGUUCCCUGCUACUAUCAUAAGGCAUGUGUACGCUAAACUAGCCUGAAAUGCAGCAUCUGUGUUUGCAGGAUGCACUUUGAGGCAUAAGCCUGCCAAGCGAGCCCACAGUGGAUUAAUGUGUCAAGGGAGGCAGGGGGAGGGGAAGCGAUAAUUGCAGGACAGGUGGAUUUAGUGAGUCUGGCAGACAAUUAUCAGCACUUUGUCAUGGUCUUGCCACAAGCCCUGACAUUACCUGCCUUUAAUAGGCUUUAAUUAGCCUGGGAAAUUUCAUUUACCUAAGACCAAGAGUGGAAAAACCGAAAGCAGUAAAAAAAAAAAAGCAAAAGUACAGAAUCCGAGUGGAAUUUUAAUGAGAAGUGGGACUAGUAAGUUUUAAAAUGUCAGACAUUUCCCUAUUGUACAGCAGACUUAAAAUGACUAGCUUUGUGUGGGUGAACGUGGAGAACAUCCAGUCUUGUAGUAAAUGGUGUAAUGUGCUUUGAUUUAGCGAUCACUAAAACAUUUCUGAAACCCUCCGACAGAUAAUUCGCUGUAAAUGGUGUUGUUUGCACACAUGCAGGGUUUUUAGGGUAGGGCACAUGCAACGGACUAACCAAGCCCGUUACUUCUGACAGCUCCUUUUGCUGUAACGUCACGUCCUUCCUCACUGGCUGUACAGUAAAAAAACCCUGUCACGUCACACGCGUGGAGAAGACUACGAUAAGUAAAUACUUAAGUCUGAGUUGAUCUGUGUUGUUUUAUUUCUACUCCUUUGUGUAAAUGCUGUGUAUUAACGUGUAGCUCUAAAACUUCAAUGUAUUUAAUUCUGGCUUCAGAGUAAACAAUGUCAACUUAUUCUCAUUUUUCCAGAGAACUAUAUCAAUCAAAUAUACUGUUCCUCCUUUUUGGUGUUUGUUAAUCGAUAUCAUGUAGAUAAAUGUCAUGAUUAUUGCAGAGAUUUCCAUUUUUGUAAUCCUUGCAGUGUACCUCUUUUGAUUUCCUGCUUGCUUACUCUUGUUUGACCUGUUUCCCCCCCGUAGAACACCGCUGUGUCUGUAGUGUGAGAACAAAUGCUCAUUUUGGAUUUCAGAGGGGGCUCCCAUUGUCAAAAUGAAACUGUAAAGGUUAAACCUAGGUCGUUUUAUGGCAUUAAACCUUAUUUGAACUUGCUUACGGAA